UAAUAUUAUUUUCUUUCUCUUAUUUAUCGCAAUUUGCAAUCAACAAUCGUAAAUAUAAUUCAAAAGCAUUGCGCGUUUGACUGAAUUGGAUAUAACACCAACAGAAAGAAAAAAUUAAAGAAACAGAUUCCAGAAGAUUACUCUGCCCACGACAUAUCCUGUAGCUGUAUCCAGAUUCGGCACAGUAAAAACACCUUUUAAAGUACGAGACCUUAGUUCAAACUGAGGAUAUAAGCUCACCCGUUGUAUCGAUAUUUGCAGAGCCUCCACAACUUUCAAAAUGACGCGGCAAAACUGUUGAUUCAACAUACAUGUUUGUGCGUAUUUUCGGACUCUGAUGGUUAUUCAUUUAUUGAGCAUAUUUGCCGAUCUACCACCAUAUCACCCAUAUUACUAAACUGUCAUUCUAUACUGCAACUUCUGCAGGUGCCAUUGAAAUGUAUUCGUGUUGGAAAUCCUUUAUUGAAAGUGACUUAGAGGAACUGUGCGGAAAUCUUAGUCUUGAUGAAACAUUAGACACACCAUUACCACUCGAAAUUCAACGAAUGACAGAUGCAGAAUUGCGAUCGGAACUCAUUUCUUAUGGAGUUACAGUGGGCCCGAUUGCACCAGGCAGAAAACAAUAUCAAAAAAAACUAUUUUUGUACAGACAGAGAGGGACGGGUAAUCAUUGUUCAAAUGUUAAAUGCAGCAUGCCAUAUUCACAAGAAUUACACCACUUGUUUAAUUCCAAACGAUUGCCGAGUAUUCGUAUUCGUAAUAAAGAUGACCAAACUUUGAGAGAUGAAUUUGCCCAUUGUAGCGUAGAACUAAAGGGAGGUAACACUAAGGAUUGUUUUAACUACUUGCUCUUAGAUCCUAGGGUUACGAAAAACCUGUCUUCGCGAAUAAACCAACUGAGUGAGGUAGACUGCUUAAUGAUUUUCUGUGGUGCAAUAUUUUAUGUCGGUAAAGGAAAAGGCACAAGAGAUUUCGAUCACCUAAAAGACGCCAUUGGUGCAAGGACACAAAACGAAUGCAGUGAUAAGCUGCAGCAAAUUCUGGAUAUAUGGAAAAAAAGAAAGGAUUGCGGUGUUAUACUACUCCGUGUUUUCCAAAACGUUGUUUCAGAGGAAGCAUGUACAAGAGAAGCAGCAAUGAUAGCUGCUUUAGGAGUUCCUCAUUUGACUAACUGUAAACGUGGGACAUGCUAUGGUUCGGCAAGCAAGUGGACCGAAUCACGCUUACGACAUUACGGUGCAUUUCUACUUAUAUCCGCAAUGCGUGUACAUUUGAUUGAAGGUGAACGACAAAUUGGAUCGAAAGAAAUUCCAAAUCAACGAAACAGAAGAAAGGUUAAAUCAUGAAUUACUUGUGCUUGACUUAUUAUGGAUUUCUUUACAAAAUAUCGUGUUGUUGUAAACUGUUUAUUGUGUCUGCUCACUGUAGUGUAGACUUAUCGCGCUACUUGUCCUUCUUUCUUAGUAUUAGACUUACCGUAGUGCUGUUCACUCCAUUAUAGUAAUAGUCUACCAAGCAGUUGUGCUGUAUACCUUACAAUUAAAUUGUGAUUUUAUGAGAAUAGUCUCCCAUGAAAUAAUUAAGUCGUAUCCGCAGUGUUGAUAUUGAUUAAUGGGAAUUAUUGGGAUUGGGCAUUGUGACGUCACUUUACGCGACGAGUUGCAACAAUGCUUUCACGAAGAAAAAUAUUUUUAAUCUAUAUUAUUGAGCACGUGAGUGGUCAUCUAGAUCCUUUUCCGUCGGUUUGUGUAUUAAUGUAACGCAAUUGUUCUAAAUCUUACAUAAGUGUGCCCUCGAAAUUGUUUACUGUAAACUUUGGUGGAAUUUCUUUUUGGGGGUUUUGUUUUUCCAUCAUGCUCCAAUCUUUGGAUCAAUCUUCUUCUCCCCCUCCAAGGCUGACUCCCCCCAUUGUACGGUUUGUGUCCUUACGCAGACUUUUCUUCCAAUUAGAACUUUAAAAUGUUUAAUAAAAAGUUAUUUACUUAACUUUUACAUUGU